AUGAAAGAUCAUGGGAGCUUUCAAAUCCCCUGCAUCAUAGGGGACAUAAGCAUUGAAAAGGCAUUAUGUGAUUUGGGAGCUAGCAUUAACCUUAUGUCAUUGGCCAUGAUGAAGAGAAUGAGAAUUGAAGAGGCCAAACCAACAAGGAUGGCACUCCAACUAGCUGAUAGGACAUUCAAGUUUAUCCAUGGAGUGGUGGAAGACUUGUUGGUUAAGGUAGAAGAGUUCAUCUUCCCCACUGAUUUUGUGGUGCUUGACAUAGAGGAAGAGGUUAAUACAUCAAUCAUACUAGGAAGACCAUUCUUGGCAAUAGCUGGGGCUAUAAUUGAUGUACAAAAAGGAGAGUUAGUCCUAAGACUAUGGUUCAUUAGAGACUUUUCAAAGAUUGUCAAACCUCUAAGCAACUUGCUUGUCUCUAAUGUACCAUUCAUCUUUGAUAGAGAAUAUUUUGCUAUUGGUGUUGUUUUAGGACAAAGGAGAGACAAGCUAGUGUAUGUCAUCUACUAUGCUAGCAAGGUUCUUAAUGAAGCCCAAACGAACUACACCACCACAGGAAAAGAACUUCUUGCUAUAGUUUUUGCUUUUGAUAAAUUCAGAUCAUAUCUCAUUGAUAUAGCCAACUUCAAGGCCAUUAGAGAGCUACCUUCCAACAUCAACAAACACUUAAAAAGGAAGCUCAUCAAUGAUGCUAAGUAUUACAGUUGGGAUGAGCCUUACCUCUUCAAGAGGUGUGCUGAUGGGAUUCUGAGAAGAUGCAUCUCUCAUGAGGAAGGACAAGAGGUUCUUUGGCAUUGCCAUGAAUCCAUCUAUGGAGGACAUUUUAGUGGAGAAAGGAUUGCGGUCAAAGUGUUGCAGUAUGGAUUCUUUUGGCCUACAAUAUUCAAGGAUGCAAAUGAGUUUGUAACAAGGUGCAAUAAGUGUAAAAGAGCUCGCAAUUUACCCAAGAAGAAUGAAAUGCCACAAAGAUUCAUCAUGGAAUUAGAGUUGUUUGAUGUUUGGGGGGAUUGA